AUGGACCGAACAAUUGAGAUUGAGUUCGACAUAAAUGGGCCAUAUGAUUCAUUAAUUAGGCCUAAUAUAUCAGUAGCCAGUCUCACUUCAAGAUCAGAAAAUAACAUUACAUUUGAUCCUAAAAUAUUUUCUAGUAAAGAUGCCAAUUCGUUUCGGUUUGUCACCAAGGAUCUUGUUACUCUUUCUCACCAUAUUAUCAGGGUUUGGAUAACGAUUAGAACUCCUGUGAAUUACUCCACAGGAACAAAAUGGUCAGAAUCAGCUCGAGUAUUCACGAUCAUAAACUCAUGUGACCAAACGAUCUGGCCGGCGAUAACUCCAGGAGAAAACUUCAACGGAGGAGGAUUCGAGCUCAAACCGGGCCAAUCCAUCGUAUUCCACGCACCAGUAGGCUGGUCAGGCAGAAUUUGGGGACGAACCGGUUGUAAAUUCGACUCAACCGGAACCGGAACAUGCGAAACCGGUUCAUGCGGAUCAACUCUAAAAUGUUCAGCCUCCGGAAAACCACCAGCUUCACUAGCUGAAUUCACAUUAGCCGCAUUGGAUUUCUACGACGUGAGCCUCGUCGACGGAUUCAAUCUCCCGAUGUCGGUGACUCCGAUGAACGGAAAAGGAAACUGCAGCGUCGCCGGUUGCGUAGCUGAUUUGAGGCCACAUUGUCCGCAGGAGCUCGCAGUGAAAUCAAACGGGAAAGUCAUAUCGUGUAGGAGUGCUUGUGAUGUGUUUGAUAGAGAUGAGUAUUGUUGUAGAGGAGUUUAUGGGAACCCAGUUGUGUGUCAACCAACUUAUUACUCAAAGAUCUUUAAACAAGCUUGUCCUACUGCUUAUAGUUAUGCUUAUGAUGAUCCGACCAGUAUUAUGACUUGCACUGCCUCUGAUUACGUCAUUUCUUUCUGUUCCUCCAGGUUUGUCCUUUUUACGUUUUUAACAACAUCUCAUGAUUACUUUAAUUAUGAUUCUAAUCAAGUUUCAUUCAUACUAGACCAUGACUUUUACAUUUACAUGAUAUACUUUAUUCAUCCUUUGUUAAUUUCAUAUGCAAAAGUAAAAGUAAUUCAAAUGCAGAAAUAAAGUUAUAUUUUUUGGUCUUUGUUUUUGAAUUGUGUGUAGGAAGAAGCCGGUGUGCACGUACCAUGACAACAAGUUAGUAUGCAGCGAUGGUUCUGGUGGGUUUAAGAAGAUGAUUGGGAGAUUAUUGUGGCUUGUGUUGAUGUUGUCUCUUGUUGUGUU